GCAUUUAAUUUAUAAUUAAAUAUACGAUUUUUCAUGGCCGACAUUAAAUAUUGAAGUGAAAUAAUUAUUGCUUUAGCGAAUAUUUUUUUUCCUAGCGUAGAGAAUAAUUAUCCGAAGGUCGUAUAAUUUCGUAAGGAAGUAUAUAAAUAACCGUUUGUUUUUUUUGCAAUGGGAUUAGACAACGAAAAUCCAACUUUAUUCCAAAAACUAGAAGAAAGAAUUAUCACUGAAAAAGAUUACGACGAUAACGAUGUUGAAGAAUUUGACUCGAGAGAGAUUUUCGAUUUAAUUAGAGGUAUUACCGAUCCAGAACAUCCCUUGUCGCUCGAAGAAUUAAGAGUUGUCGAUCAAAGUUUAAUCGAGGUCGACGAUCAUGGGAAUAUGGUUAAAGUUUUAUUCACACCUACUAUCCCACAUUGUAGUAUGGCCACGUUGAUUGGUUUAUCCAUUAAAGUAAGACUCCUAUGGUGUUUGCCGGCUCGUUUCAAGAUAUCCGUGACAAUCACACCGGGAACACAUGCAUCUGAACACGCCAUCAAUAAACAAUUGGAUGAUAAAGAAAGAGUCGCCGCAGCGUUAGAAAACAGUAAUUUGUCAACAGUCUUAAACAAAUGUAUUGCUACGGCUUAAAAAUAAACUAGGGUAUAUAAUAAUAAUUCAUUGUUUUUUUUAAAUUAAGAGCAUUUAAACAUUUUUAUCAAAACAAAAUUAUACUACUGUGAUACACA